UCAUAUUUUCAGCAUCCUUGAUACUUACUAACAGAAUCUGCUGAUCUAAGCAAAAAACGUUCAGAAUUUUAAGCAUUUAGUUAUCUAGGAAUCGUAAGGUUUAAAUUGAAGAAUAAAACAAUGUCAAUUCCACAACAACAACAGCAACAACAACAAGGGGUCGUAGGUCAGGUCCAGACUCCUGCACCUUUGAAACAAGGACGAGGUAUCGUCAAGCAGGUGUUAUCAGGAGACGCUAUCAUUGUCCGGGGCCAACCGAAAGGGGGCCCACCCCCCGAAAAGCAAAUUAACCUCUCGAAUAUAACGGCACCGAAACUUGCUCGUCGGGCAAAUCCAAAUGUCGCUGAGUCUGUCACAACUAAUGAUGAGGCUUUUGCAUGGCAAGCUCGUGAAUUUCUUCGCAAGAAACUGAUUGGUCGAGAAGUAUUUUUCACAAUCGAAUAUGCUCCUUCUGCUGAUAGAUGUUACGGAACAGUAUAUCUGGGAAAAGACAAUACCGGUGAAAACGUAGGAAGUCUCCUCAUCUCUGAGGGGUUGGCGGAAGUUAGAAAAGUUGGAGUGAGAGCUGAUAACACUGAGCACAACCACUUGAUAGAGCUAGAGGACCAAGCAAAAGCCGCAGGAAAAGGAAAAUGGACGGAAUCAAGAUCAGAAGACUCAAUCAGAGAUGUAAAAUGGACUAUCGAAAAUCCGAGGAAUUUUGUUGACUCUUUCCGCGGAAAACCGGUCAAUGCUAUCAUUGAGCAUGUGCGAGAUGGAUGUACCAUGAGAGCUUUCCUGUUGCCAUCCUUUCACCAUGUCACUUUUAUGUUGAGCGGUGUAAAAUGCCCGAUGUUUCGUCGAGACGCAGAAGACCCGAAAAAAGAAACAGCAGAGCCGUUUGCAGCUGAAGCAAAAUUUUUCGCAGAGUCUCGAUUAUUGCAACGUGAUGUACAGCUCAUUCUUGAGGGAGUUUCGAACGCAAACGUACUUCUUGCAACAAUCCUUCAUCCGAAUGGCAGUAUCACUGAGCUUCUGCUGAAAGAAGGUUUCGCAAGAUGCGUCGACUGGAGCAUUACGUCAUACUCUCAAGGACCCGAAAAACUUCGAGCUUUGGAAAAGUCAGCGAAAGAGCGUCAUGUUCGUAUCUGGAAGGAUUGGAAACCAACGGAGUCUGGCAUCGAAGAGAAAGAUCGGGAGUUCACCGGAAAGGUUAUUCAGAUCGUUAACGCCGAUGCAAUCGCUGUCAAAACUCAAAGUGGAGUCAUACGGACCGUUCAUCUUGCCAGUAUAAGACCCCCAAGAAUGGAUGAUUGUGCUUACUUGAAGGAUAAGGACCCCUCAAAACUUGAAAAAAAUGAGAGCACCUCCGGUGGUGGAAGACCAAGACCUUUAUAUGAUAUUCCAUACAUGUUUGAGGCUCGAGAAUUUUUAAGGAAAAAGUUAAUUGGAAAAAAGGUUACUGUCAAUGUGGACUACUUGAAACCUUCUACUCUUGCUACAGACACAUUGCCUGCUUUUCCUGAGAGAUUGUGUGCUACGGUUACAGCUGGAGGAAUAAAUUUGGCCGAAGCAUUGGUGAGCAAAGGAUUAGCUAAAGUAGUGCGACAUCGCCAAGACGACGACUCCAGAUCUGCACAUUAUGACGCUCUUCUUGCUGCCGAACAGAGAGCUAUCAAAACAACCAAAGGAGUGAACAGCAAGAAAGAUAUCCCGAUUCAUCGUGUCGCUGACGUCUCCGGUGAUGUGUCAAAAGCGAAGCAGUUUUUGCCGUUUUUACAAAGAGCUGGAAGAUCGGAAGCCGUUGUGGAAUACGUUUUCGGUGGAUCCCGCCUAAAGCUGUAUCUACCAAAAGAGACUUGCUUGAUUACGUUCCUUCUUGCUGGUAUCGAGUGCCCCCGGGCACGCAAUGGCCCAGGCGGAGUAAUAGAAGCCGACCCCUUCUCAGAAGAAGCUCUAAGUCUGACCAAGGACAUGUGCAUGCAUAGAGAGGUAAUGGUAGAAGUUGAAGCAAUCGACAGAGCCGGGAACUUCAUUGGAUGGAUGAUUGUCGACGGUGUCAACGUUUCUUUGGAACUUGUGCAACGAGGAUUAUCUAAGGUUCAUUUCACCGCGGAAAGAAGUCGAUACUACAAGCAGCUUAGUGAAGCGGAAGAGAAAUGCAAAACAGCAAGAAUGGGGGUUUGGCAAAAUUUUGAAGAGCCCAAAGAAGUCGCUGUUGUGGAAGACACUGAACGUAAAACCUCGUAUAAAACAGUCGGAAUUACCGAGGUUACUCCACAAUUGCAUAUGUUCUGUCAAAUAUUGGAUGCCAAUCGACAAUUGGACAAAGUCACUGAGAAGAUGAGGGGAAUGCUUGCUGCUGAACCACCUCUCCCAGGAGCUUACAAACCUCGUCGGGCUGAUUUCUGCUUGUCACGCUUCACUGCAGAUGGUGAAUGGUACAGAGCUCGAAUUGAGAAAAUAGAAUCGCCUGAACGAAUUAAUGUUGUCUAUAUUGAUUAUGGAAACAAAGAAACGGUGCCAACAGCUCGACUCGCUUCCCUGCCAGCAGAAUUCAACACCCAAGCACUUUACCCACAAGCCCAUGAGUUUGCGCUUGCGCUGUGCAAUGUUCCGGAGGAUGAAGACAGUCGACUUGAUGCAUUCCACUAUUUAUGCGACAUGACUGCAAACACUCAAUUUGUGAUCAACACUGAGUAUACCGACAAUGGGAUAGAGCAUGUCACUCUACUUAGACAGGACGAUCGAGUUGACGUCGGGAAGAAACUGAUAUCGGAAGGUUUAUGCACAGUGGCUAAACGACGGGAGAAACGUCUCUUGAAAUUGGUCGCUGAGUAUGUAGAGGAACAGGACAAGGCAAAGAAGGCCCAUCUGAAUCUUUGGAGAUACGGUGAUAUCACUGCUGACGAUGCAUCGGAAUUUGGGUAUUCCCGCUAGAUGGCACCAUUGAGCCAGGAAUUGUAGAAAAAGAUGUUUUAAUUGAAAAAAUAAAUCACUUUCGUGUCUGUAGAAGUCUUCUCUAUAUAAUUAGUUUUUGGAAAUUGGUGAAAUGAAAUUUUAGGUAGAAUGUGUUAUAUUUUAAAAAAUGGGGUUUCUUAAUUUUGGUGUUAUUUGCUCUUUUACUCCAUAUGGAAUCCGUAUUUUACUACUCCUUUACUUCCGAGUGAGUGCCCGUAACCUUACUCAGGGAUGAAUGAGUCAUCUUUACUACUUCUGAGUGAAUGCCGUAACUUUACUCAGAGAUGAGUCUCCUUUAUUUCUGAGUGAGUGCACGUAACUUUACUCAGAGAUGAGUCUCCUUUACUUCUGAGUGAGUUCCUGUGGCCUUGCUUAGAACAAAAUAAAAAUGAAUUAUAAAUUGAAAUCAUUUUGCGUGUGGCUGCCCAGUGAAAUUUGUGGAAUGAAAUAUAUCUUGUAGUAUUGAAAAUGCAGUAUUUAGGAAUAAACCUUCCCCCAAUAUUUUCGUAACUGGACUACUACUGGACCAAAUUAGGAUUAAUCUUCAUAUCUUGGCUUUGUGACAUCACUUCUACGUGUGAUGUCAUCAAAGCAUUGUUGUGAAAUUGUUAUGUCACUAUUGAAUUUAUAUUGUUACGUCAUUCUUCCAAUCAUGAUAAAGUUCGUUCCAAAGAAAAUGUAUUUAUGACAAAAUAAAAUCAGUGCCAUUGAU